AGAAAAUCACUUCCGUAUAGUCAGAGCUUUUCCAGCUGCCUGUACUUUGCCCUCUAUAGCUUUAGCCUUACAAUGACUAAAACAAAAGACAAGAAACGAGAAAAUGUCAGCAUUGCUUCGGAGAUUGACAGGCUGGAAGAAAGGCGGGAGCGUUGCCAUGACAACCUGGAUAGGGCGGAGUUUAAGAGCAGAAGGGCGAAGCUGUCCGAGGAGGAAAGACAGGAACUGGAAAACGAAAUGGCAAUCAUAAAUGAAAGAGUGCAAAAACUAGAUAAAGAGCUUGCAGUGUUGAGAGGGGAAAACCGAAGGAACAUGGUGUUGUCAGUGGCUCUGCUGACUAUCAGCGCUCUCUUCUAUUACAUGUUUUUCUACAAUGAGGAUGACACAUGAUGCCGCAGAAGACCUCAAAAGAAUCUGCUAUUCAUAACAGCCUUGCUACAGAAUGAUUGACUUCCUAACAAAAAGACUUAAACACACUAAAAGAAAUAAGCCAAAGGAUUGAAUGAAAUGUCUGUGUUUUGCCUCCAGGUGGCAUCGUCGCCAUGUAAGUGUCUCUCAUUGCAGAUUUGCCAAAGUUGCCAAAUCCACCAUCAUUUUUUAUUCCUUGAGAAUCCCAUGGACCAACAAAGAUCAUGAACGCUGUUGGUGAAAUUUCCCUGUGAAAUAAGUGAACAUGAUCUUCAGCGUGUUUCUAUCAUUGUUUAUAAAACACUUAUUACACAUAAGCACAUACUGAAUGUACAGUUUGCCUUAUUUAAGCCAGUUCCUCAUUAAAAACAACGCAUGUCUGCAUUUUCAGUCAUGUAUUUGACUUUUAUUUUAUAUUGCAUGUGUAAACUACAAAAAAAGCAGAAUGAUGUUAUUGUUUGCAUUGAUUCUAAAGGGACUUCCUACCACACUUACUGCAUGUAGUCGCAUGAGCAUACGAAAACAAAUAUACUGAACAAUGUUUUCCUGUAAAUAUGCAAUGUUUGGCUUGAUUUAUUUCCUUUUUGUAAAUAAAUACAUAUUCAACAGAUUUAAA